UCCCCUCACCCCGCCUCCUUCCCUCUCCCCACCCCCAAACCUCUCACCCGCGGCAGUCCGGUGCGAGGCCCCCUCCGGAAGGUGAGGGGAAUGGAUUGGACUCCGGUGGGUGAAGCGGGUGUCUAGAAGUGGUGCUAAUGGGAAGAGAUUUCUGCUUUCAAAAGAGGAUGCUCUGCCACAAAGAGCGGCUCGCGCGCUGGCCUGGGCUCUAGCGGAGGAGAGAUCCCGGGAGAACUCCGGAGCUCGCGGGGAGCGCUCCUCGGAAGACCCGGGUCAACAUGCCUGUUCGCAGGGGGCAUGUGGCACCACAGAACACAUUUUUGGGGACCAUCAUACGGAAAUUUGAAGGGCAAAAUAAAAAAUUUAUCAUUGCAAAUGCCAGAGUGCAGAAUUGUGCCAUCAUCUACUGCAAUGAUGGGUUCUGUGAGAUGACUGGUUUCUCCAGGCCAGAUGUCAUGCAGAAGCCAUGCACCUGCGACUUCCUCCAUGGGCCGGAGACCAAGAGGCAUGAUAUUGCCCAAAUUGCACAGGCAUUGUUGGGGUCAGAGGAGAGGAAAGUGGAGGUCACCUACUAUCACAAAAAUGGGUCCACUUUCAUUUGUAACACUCACGUAAUUCCAGUGAAAAACCAAGAGGGUGUCGCUAUGAUGUUCAUCAUUAACUUUGAAUAUGUGACAGAUGAGGAAAAUGCUGCCUCCCCAGAGAGGGUAAACCCUAUAUUACCAGUCAAAACUGUAAACCGGAAACUUUUUGGGUUCAAGUUCCCUGCUCUGAGAGUUCUCACUUACAGAAAGCAAUCCUUACCACAAGAAGAUCCUGAUGUGGUAGUGAUUGACUCAUCUAAACACAGUGAUGAUUCAGUAGCCAUGAAGCACUUUAAGUCUCCUACAAAAGAAAGCUGCAGCCCCUCUGAAGCAGAUGAUACAAAAGCUUUGAUACAGCCCAGCAAAUGUUCUCCCUUGGUGAAUAUAUCCGGACCUCUUGACCAUUCCUCUCCCAAAAGGCAAUGGGACAGACUCUACCCUGACAUGCUGCAGUCAAGUUCCCAACUGACCCACUCCAGAUCAAGAGAAAGCCUCUGUAGCAUACGGAGGGCAUCUUCAGUACAUGACAUAGAAGGAUUCAGUGUCCACCCCAAGAACAUAUUUAGAGACCGACAUGCCAGUGAAGGGCCUUUUAAUCAUAUCAAGUCAAGCCUCCUGGGGUCCACGUCGGAUUCAAACCUCAACAAAUACAGCACCAUUAACAAGAUUCCACAGCUCACUCUGAAUUUUUCAGAUGUCAAAACUGAAAAAAAGAAUACAUCCCCUCCUUCUUCAGAUAAAACUAUUAUUGCACCCAAGGUUAAAGAUCGAACACACAAUGUGACAGAGAAAGUUACCCAGGUCCUUUCUUUGGGAGCAGAUGUCCUACCAGAAUAUAAACUGCAGACACCAAGAAUCAACAAGUUUACAAUAUUGCACUACAGCCCUUUCAAGGCAGUCUGGGAUUGGCUUAUUCUGCUGUUGGUCAUAUACACUGCUAUAUUCACCCCCUACUCGGCAGCCUUCCUCCUCAAUGACAGAGAAGAACAGAAAAGGCGAGAAUGUGGUUAUUCUUGUAGCCCUCUGAAUGUGGUAGACUUGAUUGUGGAUAUUAUGUUUAUCAUAGAUAUUCUAAUAAACUUCAGAACUACUUAUGUAAAUCAGAAUGAAGAAGUGGUAAGUGAUCCCGCCAAAAUAGCAAUACACUACUUCAAAGGCUGGUUCCUGAUUGACAUGGUUGCAGCAAUUCCUUUUGACUUGCUGAUUUUUGGAUCAGGUUCUGAUGAGACAACCACAUUAAUUGGUCUUUUGAAGACUGCUCGGCUCCUUCGUCUUGUGAGAGUGGCCAGGAAACUGGAUCGAUAUUCAGAAUAUGGCGCUGCUGUUCUAAUGCUCUUAAUGUGCAUAUUUGCCCUGAUUGCUCACUGGCUGGCUUGCAUUUGGUAUGCAAUUGGGAAUGUAGAAAGGCCAUAUCUGACUGACAAAAUUGGAUGGUUGGAUUCCUUAGGACAACAAAUUGGGAAACGUUACAAUGACAGUGACUCAAGUUCUGGACCAUCCAUUAAAGACAAAUACGUCACAGCACUUUAUUUUACCUUCAGCAGUUUAACCAGUGUAGGAUUUGGAAAUGUGUCUCCUAACACCAAUUCGGAGAAAAUCUUUUCAAUUUGUGUCAUGUUGAUUGGCUCACUAAUGUAUGCAAGCAUUUUUGGGAAUGUUUCUGCAAUUAUCCAAAGACUGUACUCGGGAACUGCCAGGUACCACAUGCAGAUGCUACGAGUAAAAGAGUUCAUUCGUUUUCACCAAAUCCCCAACCCUCUGAGGCAACGGCUUGAAGAGUAUUUCCAGCAUGCAUGGACUUACACCAAUGGCAUUGACAUGAACAUGGAGGUCCUAAAGGGUUUCCCAGAAUGCUUACAAGCUGACAUUUGUCUACAUCUGAACCAGACUUUGCUACAAAACUGCAAAGCCUUUCGGGGGGCAAGCAAAGGUUGCCUUAGAGCUUUGGCAAUGAAGUUCAAGACCACUCAUGCACCUCCUGGAGACACCCUGGUUCACUGUGGGGAUGUCCUCACUGCACUGUAUUUCUUAUCCAGAGGCUCCAUUGAAAUCCUUAAAGAUGACAUUGUGGUAGCUAUUCUGGGAAAAAAUGAUAUAUUUGGAGAAAUGGUUCAUCUUUAUGCCAAACCUGGCAAGUCUAAUGCAGAUGUAAGAGCUCUCACAUACUGUGACUUGCAUAAGAUUCAGCGGGAAGACUUGCUAGAGGUUUUGGACAUGUAUCCUGAGUUUUCUGAUCAUUUUCUAACAAACCUAGAGUUGACGUUCAACCUCAGGCAUGAAAGUGCAAAGGCUGAUCUCUUACUACGAUCACAAUCCAUGAAUGAUUCUGAAGGAGAAAACUGUAAACUGCGAAGGAGGAAAUUGUCCUUUGAAAGUGAAGGAGAGAAAGAUUUUGGCAAAGAAAGCAGCACAAAUGAUCCUGAAGACUCUGCAGAUACCAUAAGACAUUAUCAGAGUUCCAAAAAACACUUUGAAGAGAAAAAAAGUAGAUCAUCAUCUUUCAUCUCCUCCAUUGAUGAUGAACACAAGCCGCUCUUCUCAGGAAUAGUAGAUUCUACUCCAAGAACAGGGAAAGCAGCUGGGCUCCAUUUCGAAGAAGCAAUGCCCACCUCAGGAAGGAUUCAUGUCAAUAAGAAAAGCCACUCUUGCAAAGAUAUCACUGACACGCAAAGCUGGGAAAGAGACAAUGCCAGGGCUCAGCCUGAAGAGUGUAGUCCCUCAGCACUUCAGCGAGCUGCCUGGGGGAUCUCAGAAACUGAAAGUGACCUCACCUAUGGAGAAGUAGAGCAAAGAUUAGAUUUGCUUCAAGAGCAACUUAACAGACUUGAAUCCCAAAUGACUGCUGAUAUCCAGACCAUCUUACAGCUGCUGCAGAAACAAACUACUGUGGUCCCCCCAGCCUACAGUAUGGUAACUGCAGGAACAGAGUAUCAGAGACCCAUCCUCCGAAUGAUGAGAGCCAGCCAUCCCAUAGCAUCCAUUAAGACUGACCGAAGUUUCAGCCCUUCCUCACAAUGUCCUGAAUUUCUAGACCUUGAAAAAUCCAAACUUAAAUCCAAAGAAUCCCUCUCAAGUGGGGUGCAUCUGAACACAGCUUCAGAAGACAACUUGACUUCACUUUUAAAACAAGACAGUGAUGUCUCUUUAGAGCUUCACCUGCGACAAAGAAAAACUUACCUUCACCCAAUAAGGCAUCCUUCUUUGCCAGAUUCUUCCUUAAGCACUGUAGGAAUCUUGGGUCUUCAUAGGCAUGUUUCUGAUCCUGGUCUUCCAGGGAAAUAAUCAUUUUGUAUUAUUUACUCCACAUACAAUGUAAGUGCUUUUAAUGGCUGUUUUCCUUUUUGUAUUUAAAUCCUCUCUACUUGACUCAGGGGCUCACAAGGUACCAUUAUAUGCAAAAGUACUGUAUAUUUUUCCUAAAUUGAAGCUUAUAAGGUAAAAUUGAGCAGUUAAGAUGUAAAUAUACCUAAGAACUUUUGGUUCCAAUUGUUAAAACUGCCAGCAUCUCAAGGCACCUUAUUUUUUAUUUUUAUUUUCAAAAUCAUCUGCAUGUUAGGAAACUCCAAUUUCUCUUGCAUGGAGACUCCUAUUUACUGCUUUUACUAAACCAGUACUUUGUUAUGAAAAUGCCUUCCAAGCAAAUAAGAAACCAAGGGAUAAAACUGUUCUUGGAUGCAACUCAGAUGAUCCUCAACUUAUGGAUAUUCAAGGGGAUAAAGGGGACUUAGUCACUUUUGAGAAUUGAUGUCUUUCUGUAUUGAGAUGUUUAUAGUUGCUUACAUUCAUUUCCCCGUACUGAAAAAGAAAAUGCAAAUUUUGAGAGUUGUAGCCUCAGACAGCAAGCAAGGUAGAUCAUAUUAGAGGGGAGAAAAUAUAAUUUUUUCUCAAUUCUUAACAAGUUUUUAGCAAGACAUACUUCUGUAACAAAAGGCAGAAUAUUUUAACAAGAGAAACAUAAGAACAUUUAUUACUGAAAGCAGUUCAGAAGUAACUCAAGGCAGUGGCUUAGUGUCCUAGCUUAUAUAAGAUCUUCAGCAAAGAAAAUACAUUUUAGAGAAGUAACAGGACAAAAAGAAAGCAGUCCCAGGUUUCCAAAGGCGGGAAAACCGUGGGAAGGAGUAAAGUCUGCUCCCAGAUUUCUUUGGAGCUACAAUUUCUGAGCUGAUAAGCAAUCUGCUGUAAUGGAGAAUUUACAUCCUUUCUUUGGGCAGGAAGGUGGGAGGAAAAUAGAAAGACCUUUUGUUUUUAUGAAUCUGUGUCCUGAUUUUAGGCAAACAGAUUGAAAAGGCAGAAAUCUCUCCUGCAUUUUUAUUUUCUUCAGCAACAAUCUCAUAUUUUAGAGAGAAGUAUUUUCAUUUCUUUCAACAUUGAAUACAAACCAGCAUUAAUGAGAAUAAAAAGGUCUUUCUAUUUAAAAUUCUGUCACUAAUUGCAUUCACAAAACAUCUAAAAUAGUUUACACUCACACAUUUCCUUGAAGGCUAAAAUACAAGUUUCUUGAACUUUUCCUUUUAGGGGGAGAGGAUCUUCUUUAAGAACUGCUGAAGUGUGACUGAUACAAACUGAUGAUCACAGCUUUUUUCCCAAUUCAUAUUGUAGGGCAAUCCUAAAUUUGAUCAAAAUGGUAGAUCCACAUAGUUUUCUUUACCAAGAAAGCUGGAAGAAUUUUUUCAAAGAACAUGCAAUUUCAUGUGCAUGGCCUAUCUUUCAAAAAGUCUAUGUUGUUUUCAAGCUGUCCAAUUCCAGAUACCUAGGAAAAAAAUGCACACAUCAAUGGUUAAACUUAAAUUUUCUGUGGCUGUUCAAACAUUUUGCUAAUUUAAGAUUAAGAACAAAUACAUUCGGUAUAGAUUGGGCUUAAUUAGUAUAUAUUGACUCCAGAGUACUGGAACAUUCAGUAGGAUAUGUUUUAAUAGCUUCAAUUGUUAGGUUGAGGGAUCAAAUAGUUCUCAUAAUACCAGAAUACAGAAAAUAAAUACAAAGACAAGUUCAAGUUAAGAGAUUUUAUUUUUAAUUUAAUUAUAAUUUUAAAGUAUUAUAGAAUAAUCCAUUAUAGCCUUUUCUUCUGAACUAAGAUUUUGAAAUUUGUUGAAAUUUCUUAUCACUUCACUAAGUUUUACAUUCAUAUAAAUAUUUAAAGAAAUGUUCUACCUGCACAUUUUUAAAUGGGUUAAUUUCUAUCCCUUCAGGAUAAAAAAACAGAAUCUAUUGAUUUAUCUUCACCUUUGACACUAAUCUAUUGGUCAGUUUCAAAUGCAAAUGAUUUAUUUAAAUUUCCAAAAAUGAUUACACUAUAUAUAAUGUGACUUAAGUGAUCUUAAAUUGCUCCCUGUAUAUUUUCAAAUGGCCACAUAAAUUGAGAAUCUAUGUGGAAGGAAAUCCAUAGAUAGGCAUUAGCAUGUUCUCAUCUCUGCUUAAUAAAAAAAGUCAUAAGUGAUCAAGUAUAUAUACAUAUAUAGCAAAAGACCAGUCAAUUCAACAAAAGUAUAAUAUUGAAGCCAGCUUCCUAAACCAUUUAGUGUUAUGCAGAAGCAACCUUGGGACUAACUGCCACUUCAAUCCUUCAUUUAACAAACAUGUAAUGGAUGCAUAACCGGGGAGAGAGAGUCACAUAAAUAGCUAACUUUUAUUCUGAGGUCUAUUUAGGGAUUUAUUUCCAUAUUGGGGCACACUUUUUGCAGCUGCAACAAAUUUCAUAAGGACUAUAGGUCUUAGCUCCAGGAACAUUCAGAAUGAAUUCACUAGAGACUGUUCAUUUGUAGAGAGAGAGGAUUUGGCAGGUGAGGAAUUGAGAUGAUUGUUUGAUUAGUGAAUGCUUCAGCUGUAACAUUUGAUAUGACAUGCAUAAAAUUCAGCCAUCCACACAAAGCCUCUAUUUGUACUUCAUAAAAUCUGAGCAUGCAAGAAUGGGAAGAUGGAGAAUAGUGUGCAAGUAUCCUGCUUGUUUAAAUUCUAGCAUAACACUAACCUGCUUUUCUUUUUUAAUUCCUUGACAUAAAAUAACUACUUGAUAGUAAAAUCUGAAGUCUUAGCGAGGGAACAGGAUUAUAAAUUUAGGUCCUUCCCCCACAGGAUGUUAGCUUUAAAAUAAAAAGCCUGAGCAAUAUAAAGAUGUGGUUAAGUUGGGCAUAAGUGUCAAAAGACUCAAUGGUUAAACUGGCCUAUGGAUGUCCAAAUCAAUUAACUUAAUGCACAAAAUUCAUUCCCUAAAUCAGCGAAAGAUCUGAUGCCUAAAAACACUAAUGCCCUCCCCAUCAGCUGUAGCAAAAUCAGUCUGACAUAAUCUGGGGAACCUGCUGAAGGCCAGGUCAAUGGUGCAGUCAAUCAAAACAGCAGUGUAGGAACUAUUUUCCCUUGGGAUAAUUGGGAGUACUAACAUAACACCUUUUACUUUCCACUGAAAAAUAAUAUUACCUGGUCCCCUGGCCUAAAUAAAAUGUCAUCUAAAAUCUACAGUUCAUGUCGAUUAGAUGCUGAUAUUCAUUGCUGAACAGAGAGCUGAAACAGCCUUAAAAUUGUAUCACAUUUUAAGGUAUACAAUUAAUUUUGAGAUGGGGUUUCUUGUUCUUUGAUUAAUUGAAUAAAAAAUCAGAAAUAAAAAGGCUGACGCAAUGUUUCACAGGAUUUUUAAUUUAAUAAUCACUAAUUUAAAAACAUGGGAAAGUAGCAGGUAGAAGUGGAAGAGUAAUGUGUUGAGUCCAUUAUAAAGGGUUGUUCAUCAGAAUUGAAAUUUCCUACUCUUCUAGCAUAUAUAGGUAUAGAAACUAAGUCAGGGUUUGGUGUCAGGUUUGGUGUCACUAUUAUACCUGUCACUGUCAGGUAUAAUAUAUUGAAUCAGAACUGCUGUACUAUAAUUGUACCAAGUUUUUUUGAAAGUUGAUAUUUAGCAAUGGCUCCAGAACAGCUAGAAGAAAAAUGUUCUUAUGCAAAUGUCAUUUUAAAUUCCGUCCUAUACUGUACUAGCUAAAGAUAAAACUUUUAACCUCAUCAGCAUAUCUAAAAUAAUAAUAAUAUUUAACAAAUAAUACUUAUAGUUCCCCUGAAUACUUUCAUGGUUACCAAAAGGAAUUCAGUAGACUGAUCAGUUAUUAGAACUAAGGAUAUUUACAUUGACUAUUUUAUAAUUUAAAAUAAUGAAGUCUUUAAAUUUCUUCUCCAGUAUUAAAAUCAAAAUCAGAUCUGUCUAUCUAGAUAGAUGAUAGAUUUCAUAGUUAAAAAAUCAAAACUAUUUAAAUUAACAAAAAUUAAAAUGUUACUAAGUUUCUAGUCACAUUUUUUGAGUAAAACAAAUAUGUCUAUCAUGUGAGUUCAAAGAGGAACUUGGAAGACAUUAUGACAUAGGACAGUGGUCCUCAAAGUGUGGUUCUUAAGCUAGCAGUACUAGAAUCACCAGAGAACUUAUUAAAAAUGCAUAUUCUUACACCUUACCCCAGAUCUACUAAUCAGAAAAUUUGGGGCUGGCAUUUGGCAAUCACCUUUGAAGAAGCUCUCAUCCACAUGAUCCUCAGGCACAUUAAAAAUCUGAGAUUAGUUGGGCUUGGUGGCUCUUGCCUCUAAUCCAAGAGACUCAGAAGACUGAUGCAUGAGGAUCCCAAGUUUGAGGGCAGUCUCAACAACUUAGAGAAACCCCAUCUCAAAAUUAAAAAAUAAAAAUGACUGGGGAUAUAGCUAAGUGUUAAAACACCACUGUGUUGAAUACACAGUACCCCCCAAAAUUAGGUCACCAUGCAGAAGAACAAGCAUAGGCUCUGCAAUCAGACCAAAUGAAUCUCAACAGGAACACUUUCUCUAAUAUGCCCUGUGACCCUAAGCAAAUUAAUAACCUCCCUGAAUCUUUUUCCUGAAUCUGUAAAAAAUGAGAUAGUGGUAUCUGCCUCACAAAAUCUUGAGGAAAUGAGAUAAAAUAUAGUAAAGUGCCUGGCACACAGUAGGUGCUCAAAAAAUGCUAGAAUCUUUGUUUCUUACCCAAAAACAUGACAUUGAAAACAAUCAGGAAAAAACAGGUAAUUUUCCACAAAUUAGCUUCUGCAUAUUAGUUACAUCGCUAACUAAAUAACUGUUACCAAGACUAACGUUUUUGAUUCAGAAAAAACUAAAUGUAGCUAUUAUCUCUCUUAAUUGUAUUUUGCACUAGUAGGUUUAUAGCUUUAAAGUAAUACCAUUUACAACAAUAAUAGUGGGAGUAUGACUCUCGUUAAAAACAUAUCUACUCUGAAUCAAUGUUAAACACCAAGUAUGCAAAGGUGAUAUGUCCAAUUCAGUACUACCAGAAUGUAUUCUAUAAAGGCUGGCACACUGUGGAAGUCCAUCCUUGGACAUGUUAUAGUUCACAGAUGUAUAUUUGAACAUGUAUUUACAGAAUGCAAUUUUGAAAGUAAAUGUGCUUUCUAUUUUUACAGAAAAUAGAAUUUUGCAGUUGUAAUGAUUAUUUCCAGACCCACUUCCUCAUUGCACAGUUAUAUUAUACAUAUCUUACGCUGCCUAAACUCUCAUGUAGAAUGGUAGACAUGGCAAGGAGCUCAAUGCAAUAAACCUGAAUUCAAAUCCUACCUUCUCUAGUUAUUCCUGAGAUAAAUUGCUAGUGAUCCCCAGUAUCCAAAAGUACAAAUUGGACAUAGCAUGUCAUUCCUUGAAGGUAUGUGUUGAGGAUCCUCUGAAUUUAUAUGUGGAAGUGCUAUAUAACACACAAAUUACAGGACAAUUGUAAGAUCCUGUGACUUGUGCAUCACAAAGAGAGUGGUUUAUGGCAUUAGUGCAAGAGCAGCACUUAACCUCUUCUCUUGCUGGUUCCUCAACCCCACAUUCAACACACUUAACACUCUGUAACAAAAAUCUGUAAGGUGACUUUCACCCACACCCCAAAGAUCUCGUUGCUAAUAACAAGAGAAUAUCAGUGUCAGGGAAUCUUUCUCUUCUUUCCUAUCCCUAUAGAUGUCAAAUAUUGCCUUUUUCCAACAUCCUUAAACUACAUUUGCAUUUCAGUUGUUUUCUAUGUAUGCAAGUAGCUUCCUCUCUCAUUUCUCAAGUGUUUAAUUCAAAACAACUUUCUUGUGGUUAUAUUUAACUUAUGAUCAAGUGAUGUUAGCAUUUUUAAAACUUAGAAGGAUCAUGUUUUAACUACUUUAUAAAGUAUUAGAUAUUGUGAUGGAUGAGUGCCCAAGUUUAGAACAAUUCAUUACCUUCUCUUGUGGCACAAACACUUUGUUUUGAUGUAUAAUAUAGAAAAGAAAAUUUACAGAAGACAUGGAUUAUUAAUACUUGGGAGCAUAAAAUGAAAUUACUGCAAGGCUUAUUUAUAUAGACUAAGUGGAGGUUGAGAUGACCAGUCAGAUGUUAUUUUAAACAAUUGUUAUUACUAUGAAUAUAAGCACAAAACACUAUACUCAACUGACCAAUUAUACUGCUCUAGCAAUCAAAAUUAAACUUUUAAAUAGAAAAUUAUAAAAAUGGCCUCAACAAAAUAUUUUGAAAAGUGAAAUUAUUAACAUGGUUAUUCUUGAAAAGCUAAUGUCAAAAAUGAGAUGAAUGCCUAAAUUGCACUCAUGACAACUUCUAUUAAUUAAUUCAUAUUUUGAAAAACGUGAUAUAAUUUGGGACACCUGUAGUUUCAAAACACUGUAUGAUUAAUCUAUAUUCUAUGGAUUUCCUCUAUUUUGGUAUUGUUUUAAAAUUCACAACUGUGAAAAUCACAACUGUGAACAUUUUAACUAUUAUUUUUCACUAUUUCAUGUGUUAAGUAUUUGAAUACAUAAGAAAUGUACUCAAAUGUAGUCAUCAUUCUUAUUGAAGAGUAUACUCAAGGAUCAGUUAUCUUAUAAUUAACUCCUUCACAGAGUCGCCUCAAAUGCCCUUAUAGUUAAAAGACCAGUGAAAUGAUAUGACACCCUUCUUCCAAUUGUAAAAGAAAUUAGGUAAAAAUAUUGCAGAACCCCUAGUUAUCUCCUAGGCACCUACUGAUUUUAAUUAAAGGCACAUUACAUUUUUUUACCUGAUAUUUUCAUUUCAUAAUUUUGGUAAUAAAAUGUAUUAUAUCAGAAUGUUUGCAAGUUAAAGAAUAAUGUAUUUCAAAAAAAGAAUGUGUGUCAGUCAUCUCAUAUAAAGAAGCUCACUCACAUCUGGUUAAGUAAUACUUUGGAAUGCUUUAAACUAAAUGAAACAAACUACCAAAACACAUACUACUUUGUAGUCUUUAUGCACAUAAUGUAGCAUGAAAUCAUGAUGCUUUUGAAAUAUUCUGUGCAGAAAUAUUUAUUUUUUAGCAAAUAUUUUCUUCAAAGAUUGGUAUGUGGUAUUGACAGUGUAAUCUACUUGCACAACUAGUUUUGCAAUAACCUUCUACAAAUGACUGUAAAUAAGAAAAAUGUAAAUUUUAUGUAAAAAUGGUUGCAAAUUUUUGGUAGCUAAAAGAGGUGUACAAGUUGUAUUGAAAAUAUAGUAUAUAUACAUAAUUUAAGAAUGAAGCAUAUAAUUUCUGAUCUAUUUAUACACAAAAAUUCAAGAAUUUGUAAAAGAAAUUAUUUUGGGGAAAAGAAAGAAAAUCUCAUUAGCUAGAUAGGAUACUUUUAUUAGAAAAGCCAACUAUUUCCAACAUUUCACAAAGUACAGUACUAGAUAUAGGCAUGGUGGUGCUGAUGUAUUUCACAAAAUCACAAAAUUGUAACAGUGCUAGAGUUUUGCUGAGCUCCAUUAGGAUACUAACUAGUAAGCUGGACUGAGUGGUACCAAACUUUAAACCUAAAGUUAAAGAAAUAUAAAAACAUUUAACUUACUACCCCUCAAGACCACUGUAAUAAUUAACAAAAAGAUGAACUGUUUACUUAAAAUUCCUAAUGGCUAAACAGGCUUUAAGUUAUAUGUAAAACAACCUUUUAUAAAUGUAUCCUUGAUGCAUUUUUAAAUAAGAAUGAAAGUAACCAGAUAAUAUUUUCUUUUGUCUAAGCUUCAUAUUUUCUUAAUUCAUUCUCUAGUUGCUCCACUACUAUUUAAGAAAACAAAAAUUAUCUUGAAAGAAAACUUUCAAAUGAAAUGUGUUGGUCAAAAUGUGGCAUGUUCUAAGCUAAGGAUAGUUUAGUCCUGUUUAGUAGCUUAGAUUCCUCACCCUUCAUUUAUAAGAUUUUAAACACCAUGAGAACAUUUGCCUAUGUAAUGAUGAAAAAUUAACCAAAUUCAAGUAGCAGAUACAAGUGAGGCUGAUCAGAACACAAGUAUCUUAGCGUUAAACGGCUAAAUAUCUUCAAACUUUUCCGUAAGAUUAAUUAUCUCUUGCCAUAAGAUAAAUUUGAGGGUCCUGAAUUUAGAUAACUAUGGGAAAAUUAAAUAUACAUUUAAAAGAUCAGUAAAUCUUAUGAUCAUUAUUAAAUGAGUUAUAAUUUUGAAAACAAUAUGGAUCUUUAAUCAAUGUUUCUGGAACUUUUAUAUUCACACUUUCAGGCUAUCCUUUGAAAUCUCAGCGAUCAUAUCAACAUAAAAUUUGAUUAAAUAAUACAACCAACUAAAAUACAAAUGACUAUAUGCAUGUAUCUAUAUAUCUAUAUAUACAUAUAUACACAUUUAUAUUUUUAUGCUUAAGGGAAAAGGUUGGAAUUCCUCCCAAAUGUAUCAGAACUGGGAACUAAUCAUUCCUGGCAAUACAUGCCUCUGAAUAUAGCUAUUUAAUGAUGUCUAGACCAGUUCUUCUUGGUCCCUGUAAGCUUCCCAAAUUGCCACCAUCUCUUGAUGUCACAGAAGUGGCAACCUGAAAAUAUAACUAGCACAUAGGCAAAGGCCCUAUCUAUCUUUUAACUAGAGCACAUCGUAGUGAUAUAGAAGUGCUGCCUAGGUUUACUUGCUAUAUAUUCUGAUAUACAGAAGCAAACCUGAGUUUUGAACACAUGCAAAAUAAUACACAAAGCACAUUGCAAGCUACUUGGAUAAAAGGGAUAUUAAAUAUAUAAUAAAGCUCUUUUCUUUAUAUGCCAGAAAAAUAUGUUUUAAAACAAGUAGAAAGAGACAUGGCAGGAAACAAUCAAAAGCACAGAUUUUUCUGACAGUUUCCCCUGGGUUUCCCAGGAUUUUUCUGGAAGGUAGUUUUGUGCUCAGUACUCUAAAUCACAGGAAAUUUCUAAUUUAAUAUUUGGAUAUAUGUGAUGAUUUGAUCUUAUUCUAGAUGAUAAAUCAUCUGAACAAUAUUCAUUUAAAACUUCAGGCCUGGGAUAGAGCUCAGUUGCAGAGCACUCAUCAAGUAUGUGCAAGGCCCUGAGUUCAAUCUCCAGCACUGCAUACACAAAAUUUACAAUUAAAACCUUGUCUACACUGUAAGUUCUAAAUAUUUUACAUGUAUCAUCUAAUAUUAUGUGUAUACUCUAGACAUACUAUUAGAUAAUACCUUGGCAUCAUGCAUUCAUUUGAAAAUGCUUAAUUUACCAUGAAAUGAUUAACAAUAAAAAUGGGAUCUCUUAAUACAAAUCUCAAAGUAAUAAAACACCCCCAGUUGCAUUUUAAAGUUUAAGGGAAAUUAUGUGCUAACAUGAAAGAAGUCUUGGAUUCUAUUCCAACAGAUUUAAUUUCCAAGAUUUUUAAUAAAGUUAUUCCUAUUGAUUCCAAAUAAUACUGUCAUAAACAAAAUAAAACAUCAUUUUUAAGGUUGUCAAAACACAAAAGAACAUAGAAAAGCACAUUUCUGACAAAUAAUAUUUAUUUUGUUUGUCCAGUUUAGUAAUGCCAUAAGAUUACAAAUAAACUUGAUUUGUAUAUUUUAAAUAAAUAAUCACAAAAUUAUUUUGUUAUUUUUUAAAUUGCACAAGAGUUUAAACUACCUUAAUAAAAUCUACUUUCUUUCAGGGUAAAUGCCUUUUCUGGAAAUAAAUACAUAACUUGACUACAUUUUUGUUACUUUUUUUUGGAUGCAUGCUUAAAAUAGAUUAAAUGAGCACAGUCCUUGAAAUUACAAUCAAAAUGGACCAAAUGAAAAUUCCCAUAGUAUUGACUUCCCCUUGAUGUAAUUUAAAAUGUGUGAACUGCCACUCGAAAUAGAAGUGCAAUACCUGACAUUUAACCAUUUGGCAGUCUUUUAGAUAUAGGUGAAUUAAUGCACUGUUGUUUGAACUGAAGCAUAAUACUAUAUAUGUAAUAAAUUUUGUAUGAUACAAAACUUUACAGCAAGCUAUUUGAAUGUUUAUUAAAAAAUUCUCAAAAUGACAUGGAAACAUGUUUACUGUAUAAAUAAAAGCACUUAUACAUUAA